CAGGUUCCGUUUCUUGUGUACCGGCUGACCGUGGCAUCAUUUUGCCUGGGGUUUCUGAUGUGGCUGCUAGCAAAGUAUGCCGCAACCGAAAACUAUUUCUUUUACGCCACUUACUACGGAUUCUACAUCCUGACGGCUUACUUCUUGUGGUCCGCCGUCGUUACCUGUGUUGGACUUUUUCGGGCACGAUCCUCUGUCCAACCGACGGAUACCGAUCGCGACCAAGAGACGGCACACCAGUCUAACGCAGAGCAAGGUAACGUUACAACACAGAACAACCUCCGCUGGUUUCACCAAGUACAAUGGCUUCUUAUGAACAUGGCCUUCUCCCCCGCUAUCAUCAUCACCAUAGGAUUCACAGGGUUCCUCUCUGAUGGACAGUACAACUUCAAAGACUUGACGACCCAUAUCCUGAACACUGCUUUGGUGUUUGUUGACGUGCUCGUUUGCGGAGUGCCUGUCAGAGUUCUCCAUGCAGUGUACCCCGUUAUGUUCGGUUUCGCUUACAUCGUUCUAUAUGCCGUCAGCUGGGCUGCGACCGGUACAGUAGUCUACUGGUUCCUGGAUUUUAGCAAACCUGCCCUCUCGUCAGCGGCGGUGCUCGGCUUCGUGCUGGUGGCGCUCCCGCUGUUCCACCUGCUUUUCUACGGGCUGUACCUGCUCCGGUGCCGCCUCCUGAUGUGGCUGUCGGGCGGGAAAACACCGGCAACAGGAACUAACCCCGCACGCGCAGCACCUGUUUAGCUGGUUUACAGACGUUCCCCCACCAUAUCGACGAGGGUUCACUGCAUGUCAUGAUGAAUACGGCAGCCAAGUUACGCUUUUCUUCUCUAACAUCUGCUUGGGGAUGGAGAUGCUGCGUCCAUUACACUGAUUAUGUAUGGUACCGAUUACGUCAUGAAUUUUUAACAUGCAGGAGAUUAUGUUUACAUAACAGAAUGGUGGUAACUGUAUCAAUGGACGUGAUGAGUUUUCAAGGUAAUUAAAUGUCUGUCUCUAUCAGCCUACAUCAAUUCAGGAAACAGAGUCUGCAUAAUGCACAUUCAUGUCAUCUGACCUUAACUUUGAUUCCUUGUUGUGAUGACCACUGAAUCAAAAGUUCACAUAUUGAGCAACCAUGCACUUUUUUCAACAGAUAAGGGACUUACACUUAAGAUAAUGGUUAGUCAUUCAUUCAGAAUGAUAACAUAUGUCUACCAUAUCCAUACCAAUCAUUCACAAGUAAUUUGAUGUAUCAAUGUUUAUUUGCUUUGUGUAAGGAGUUGGCAACAGCCUAGCUCAUUUGAGAAAGUGUACAGGCCUGUCUAAGCAGGUGCUAUAGUGUAACAUAUCAGAUCAUUUGCUGAUGGCGAGGCAUCUCCAACAGACCUUCAACUCCAGAUAUUGAGAUACAUGACUGUCAGGGAAGUCCAUCUGUCUGAAAAUCUUACCAUCUCACACUUCAACAUCUGCUUAGAGAUAGAACACUUUGUUUGACUUUUAAAUGUUAGUUGAUAAUCACCCAUUGUCUAGCUUUGACAAGGCUUGGGCUAGAGAACGGUCUAAACUGUUUUCUAUUUCGAAAAUGACGAGUUUGAUAUAAUAGUAUAGGCAGCAAAGCCUUUGGACACAAGUCUUUUGAGUCAAAACAGAAAAAAAAUUAAAAAAAGGCUUGGUUGUUCUUUAGAAGAAGGCAUAAUCCAGUGCCAUUGUUUUACAAGGAUUGGUGUCAUGCACAUGGUAUAUCAAGACUGGUAAAUUCAAAUACUAGUACUAA